GUAUCCAGGGGAGGGGGCUGAAAACAACAAACUGAAGGCGUCAUCAUUCCUUAUACGUAACGAGGGUUCGUGGUUAUAAAAGCAACGCGAGCUUCAGUCGGGUGUUUUUUUCCCCCUCCUUGCUCAUCGACGGUCCGGUUUUUACAAAGUUUUUUUUUUGUUCUUCUAAUCCAGGGAUCAGUCAGGCUAGUGUGUGCUUUUAGUUCGCUAACAGUUCUGUUCAGCGUAAUUAAAACUCAAUAAUGGCCGAUAAGAUGGAUAUGUCACUAGACGACAUCAUCAAACAGAACAGGCAGCAGAGAGGAGGCGGAGGAGGCCGUGGUGGAAGAGGCCGCGGCCGCGGAGGCUCUGGCGGGGGCCGAGGCAGUGUCGGAGGGGUUGGCCGUGGAGCCGCUGUUGGAGGCUUUGGAGGCCGUGGUGGAGGAUCAGGCCCCAUGAGGAACCGACCGAACCUGAGCCGUGGCAGAGCAAGACCUACGCCGUACAGCAGGCCGAAGCAGCUUCCAGAUAAAUGGCAACACGACAUGUACGGCAAUCAUGGCUUCAAUGCCAACGCCGGCGGUGGCGGAGGAGCCGGCGUGGAAACCGGAGGGAAGCUUCUAGUCUCCAAUCUCGACUUUGGCGUUUCCGAUGCCGAUAUUCAGGAGCUCUUUGCAGAGUUUGGUACACUGAAGAAGGCGGCGGUUCACUAUGACCGGUCGGGAAGGAGCUUAGGAACGGCAGAUGUCCACUUUGAGAGGAAGGCAGACGCACUGAAAGCGAUGAAACAGUACAAUGGCGUCCCACUUGAUGGGCGUCCCAUGAACAUACAGCUUGUCACGUCACAGAUCGACACACAAAGACGACCACCCAUGCAGGGCAUGAAUCGAGGUGGAGGUGGCAUGAAUAGGGGUCGCGGCAGUGGGUUUGGAGGGAUGCAGAGAGGACGAGGAGCAGGUCGGGGUGGAGGAAGAGGCAGGGGUCGCGGUGGCCGUGGAGGAAGCACCAAGCCACUUUCGGCUGAAGAGCUGGAUGCCCAGCUAGAUGCCUACAAUGCCAGAAUGGAAACCAGCUAAGAGCCUUGGCAGCUCCUCCAGGCUGCAUUCCCCUCCAGGCUGAACAUGAGGACAGUCGCAGUUGUUACAGCGUUGAUGAUGCAAAGGGUUUUACAGUUGGAAGUCUUCUAGUGUUAAAAUUUGUGUACCAAUCUUCUCCUUUUAAAUGCUCCGAAGUGUUUUUUACCAAUUUGUUUUUUGAAAAAAAAUAUUGGUUGACUGUAGGUUUGAAGGGGGUGGGGUGUUCCCUGAUGAUUCCUUCCCCCUAUUGAUUACUGUAAUAAAUCCUGCAGUACAUAUUAACCAUA